UUUCAAGAAGUGGAAUUACAAACAAAGUUUUCGAUGACAUGGCUCUCGUCUUCGGAUUUCCAACUUAUUAUCCGAUGUCCCGGUAAAUUUUUCGGAAACAGAUUUGUUCCUUUGUCGGUAGGAAUUGAGUUAUUGCUCAAUUUUGCUCACACUAGAAGCUUAAUUUUCCGGCUUGUUCAUUUUGUUUCUGUUUCUGUUUUUUUUUUUUGCCUUCUUUUGUGGACAAUAGUUCCGCCCGAGUAUUCUUGCUUGGUGUGAGUCGUUUAAUACGAAAGAGUACAUCUCAUAAUAAAAAAACUGAACUCAGUGAACGGUUAAGGGAAAGAGGGGUUGAGUUUAUUCUCUGUGACUAAACUUUAUAGAGGGAAAGCUUUUAAGACGAUGAGACUUUUUAAAUAAAUUACCAGCUAAUUAUAAAGCGUCUGAACCAUACAGGUUAAGUCAGUCUUACCUACUUUACUGUCAAUAUUCUCAUAAAUUUAUUUCUACAGCAGAGAGUACAAUGAAGCUGUUCCAGGUUUUGGGUUUUUGAAUGAUAUAUGGAGAGAUGUAGCCCUUCCUUAUGACGAACAAGCGCGAGACACCAGCUUUCAACGCAGCCAAAAUAAGUUGGCAGUCCAAGCACCAAUCAAGAUAGCUUCUCUCCCACUAAAGCAGUACAAGGCAGAAGAAAUUUCACUCGAUGUGGACGGCGAAAAUAUUAUCUUACACGGUCAGCAUCGAUCAGAGGGAGAAGAUAGAUUUGAGAAUAAUGAGUUUAAAAAGAUUAUUAAGGUGCCAGACGGAAUUGAUCCUACAACGGUAAGUCGCGUGUAAUCAAAAACCUAAAACGGGGCAGCGUUCUGGUCCUUGAGGGCGACAGAAUCCUUGAAGAAAAAGCAAAACAAGACGAUGGCAGGUUCGUGGUUAAAUUGGAUCUGCGUCGAAGACCAAGGUUUCUAUUUUUCACGUGACUACAGCCAUCCCGUUUUGUUGCCUGAUGACGCAGACCUUGGUUCAGUGACGUCACGACUCUCCAAAGAAGGCUUGCUAAUCAUAGAAGCGUCACGUGGCCAGCUUUGUUACCAAAGGAACGAAACGUGGAAGUCUCCAUGGAACUUGAUGAGCAAGAACCUGAAGAGCAGGCCAAACAAGUAUCAAGUGGUGAUACAGAAGAACAGAACAAAAACUGAAUGAACUAUGUUGGCUGCAGUAUUGUAAGGCAUUAUCUACCCUUUGGUAAAACAUGUUUAACUUUUGUUAUAUUUUUUAUUAAAAUUCUUAAGGCUAAAAAAGUAAAGCAACAUUUUAGCAUGCGUAGUAUCAGCUUAUUCUGAUAAUUUUUAAGAAUUGUAGAGAGUUAGUUGAUAGUUUCACUUGCCUUUUUUGUUAAUCGUUUUUAGAAAGCGAAAGAAGGAUGAUAGUAAUAAGGUUUCUUUCUUUUUAGUGAGGGUUUUUUGUUACGCUAG